AUGAGUUUUCCAAAGCAUAUCCUUCUUGCCGCCACUUUGUUGCUGGGCUCUGUCAGCACAACGGCGGCUGCUCCAGUCCCUUCUCUUGACCUUCUUUCUCGCGGCACCGGCGAGGCUGGACAUUUUCUAGAAACUCGUGGCGAGGAUGUCUAUCUUCGACUUCGUGAGGCAGGUGAAAAAAGUAGUAUCGGGAAUGUUGCCAAACCCAAGUUCCCUACGAAAUCCAAGGCUGCAAUCACCAAAGUCAAACCUCCUCAAAAGCCUAGUCGUGCCAGAAAACUCAAGGAGUCUAGCAUCUGGACGAAAAAGGUUUCUGGGAAGCUCGAUGCCAAAACUUUUGCCAAUACUGCUGCCGAGAAGCUUGCCGCUCACAAAGCAAAGGGUUCCAGAAAGCCCACCUCUGGGGAAGGCGCCACCGGAGCCGGUUCCAAGAAGACCAAAUCACGCUCGGGAAAUCGUCGUCACGGAGGCCCAGAGCGCAAGGGGAAAUUGGGCGGCCGCAACCAGGGGUCCUCCUAA